CCCCUCACCUUCCAUUCCAGGGAGAGAAAGAAAGAAACAGAGGGUGGUGAGCAAGUGAAUGAUAGCUUAGACAGACAGAGAGGCAAGGCAAGGCAAGGCAGUCUCCAUGCUGCUUGUGAGAUGAAAGCAGUAGGGGGUGCCUGCAGGUGUGUGGUGUGAGUAUGAUGAUGGUUAGCGAGCUUGUGUUGGCUGCUCCGGCGAUCCUGCUCUCCUUGCUCCUGACGCUGGUGCUGAGCCACUUCCUGCCUUUGCUCCUGAACCCCAAGGCUCCCAGGGGCAGCUUCGGAUGGCCUCUUGUUGGUGAGACCCUGAGGUUCCUCACCCCUCACGCUUCCAACACCCUGGGCAGCUUCCUGGAGGAUCACUGCUCCAGGUAUGGGAGGGUGUUCAAGUCGCAUCUGUUCUGCACCCCCACCAUAGUGUCCUGUGACCAGGAGCUGAACCACUUCAUCCUGCAGAAUGAGGAGAGGCUGUUCCAGUGCAGCUACCCCAGGCCAAUUCAUGGCAUACUGGGCAAGUCCUCCAUGCUGGUGGUCCUGGGGGAGGACCACAAGAGGCUCAGGAACCUUGCUCUAGCACUGGUCACCUCCACAAAGCUCAAGCCCAGCUACCUUGGUGACAUUGAGAAGAUUGCUCUGCACAUUGUUGGGUCAUGGCAUGGCAAGGACAAGGGCAGCAGAAUCACCUUCUGUGAGGAGGCAAGAAAGUUUGCAUUCAGUGUGAUAGUGAAGCAGGUGCUGGGGCUGUCACCAGAGGAGCCAGUUACUGCCAUGAUACUCGAGGACUUCCUCACCUUCAUGAAGGGCCUCAUCUCUUUCCCUCUUCGCAUCCCAGGAACCCCUUAUGCCAAAGCUGUUCAGGCCAGAGAGAGGAUAUCAAGGACUGUGAAGGGCAUUAUUGAGGAGAGGAGGAAGGUUGGCUCCUGCAAGAGGGAUGAUUUCCUCAAUGUGCUACUGUCAACCAAUGAGCUCUCUGAUGAGGAGAAAGUGAGCUUUGUGCUGGACUCCCUUCUAGGAGGAUAUGAGACAACCUCACUCCUGAUCUCCAUGGUUGUAUAUUAUCUUGGGCAGUCAGCUCAAGAUCUGGACCUAGUGAAGAGGGAGCAUCAAGGCAUAAGAUCUAGCAAAGGGAAGGAGGAGUGCUUGAGCUCUGAGGACUACAAGAAGAUGGAAUAUACCCAACAUGUUAUCAAUGAGGCGCUGAGAUGUGGAAACAUUGUCAAGUUUGUCCACAGGAAGGCUCUCAAAGAUGUCAGAUACAAAGAGUAUCUGAUUCCAUCUGGCUGGAAGGUCCUACCUGUUUUUAGUGCUGUUCAUUUGAACCCCUCACUCCAUGGAAACGCCCAACAGUUUCAGCCUUGCAGAUGGGAGGGCGGAAGCCAAGGGACCAUAAAAAAAUUUACCCCGUUCGGCGGUGGCCCCCGGCUCUGCCCCGGAUCAGAGCUUGCCAAAGUAGAGGCUGCAUUCUUCCUACACCACCUUGUGCUCAAUUUCAGAUGGCGUAUCGACGGCGAUGACGUUCCGAUGGCAUACCCGUACGUGGAGUUUCCAAGAGGUCUGCCGAUAGAAAUCGAGCCGAUUUGCUCCGUAUCCUGAGUGCGUUCUUGCAGCUUCAGCCACGGUGGCGAGUGCGGAAAAGAUUGCAAGAAGUGAAGAAACGUUUACUGAGGACUAGCUAGCUAGUGGCUGCUGGCAUGAGGCAGCUGAGGGGGUUGUGAUCUGCUCUGUAAAUGGUGUAGAUAUAUUUGGUCCAUGGUGAUUACUUGAGGUGGUUGGUUCACCCUGUAACAUUCUCCACCGUCUGGACUACUAUCUUAUAGAAGAAGAAAAAAUGGGUUCUUGGGAGUUAGUACAGAGGUUUGCAGUUUAUUUGUUCUGGAACUCAGUAUUGGUAUCGAAUAAACUGGACAUUUCUGAAGGUCAUGUACUAAAUAGACUGUUAGUGGGAAAGAAAACAGAGAAUAAUUAACCAUUGGUGAUA